AUGGACGAAGAAGUUCAGUUAAAAAAUAUUAAAGAAUUUUUACAAAACUAUAACAAAAUAACAGAUGAUUGUUUUUCGCAAUGUGUCUAUACAUUAUCACAAAGCAGGUUGACGGGUGAAGAGGCAUUGUGCGCAAGUAAUUGUGUCCAGAAAUCUAAGUUUGUUGAUCAAAAAUGUAUGCAAGCAUUUAUUGAGCAUCAGCAACAAUCAAUGCAAAAAUUUAUUGAAGAUUCUUCACAAAAACAGGCUGAACAGGAAGCCGCUGUUGUAGACUCAAACAUUUCAGAUACCGAAAAUAAAGAAAUAGUUAAACAAGAAUCAACGGAAUGA